AUGAAUACUAUCGAUGAACAAGUCCAUGAUGCUGUAAGUGAGCCAUCCUUUUCCUCUAGGACUCCACUUUUCAGCUCCAUCAAUCGUUCCAGGCGCAAGAAGCUUUCUCCAUUUAUUACCUUCCUAAUCGUUCUUUUAAUAUCGAUUAUAUGCACUGGACUGGCAGCCUUCUUCCUUGUCAAGACGAGACAAGCUCGCAAUUUUAAGUCUGGACUCGUUAAGCAUAUUGAGAAGGAGUACUCCAACCUGGAGUCCGUCAAGAAGGUCACGCUUCUUGACGAUUUGGUUAAAAUUCACAGCACUAAAAAAAUUUCGAACGAUGCCGCACUCGAGCUCGACAUGUACUACUCCUUUGACCUUUUUACUGUAAAGCACGGAAGGAAGUAUGCUGACUUUAACAAAAGAACUGACAGAUUCAUUAUAUACAGAGAGAACUACUUGAAAGUUAAGGAACACAAGGACGAUUCUCCAUACACAGUGGAAUUAAACAAGUUUGCGGACAUGAGUGACGAAGAGUUCAUGAAGCUCCAUUACGAAAUUAAGCCUCCUAAGUACUUCACUCCAGUUGCUAAGCACGCGCAGCACCAGAAGAGGUCGCUCGCCAACUCACUCUAUAUAUCAAAGCUUAAGCGCGCCAAGAAAAUCGACUUUGAAAUAAACGACCUUAGCGAGAUAACCGGAGAGGACUUGGACUGGAGGAAAGCAGAAGUGCCCACGCCAGUCAAGGAUCAGGGAAGAAACUGCGGAUCAUGUUGGGCCUUCUCCUCUGUAGGAGCCGUCGAGGCUCUGUACAAGCUCUACAAGGACAAGACCUACGACCUGAGCGAGCAGGAGCUCGUCAACUGCGACCAAUACAGCAGCGGAUGCAACGGCGGAUUGCCUUACACGGCGCUCGAGUAUGUUCACUCAAAUGGCAUUAGCUUUAGCUCCGACUUGCCAUACGACGGCAUAGAUGAGCCAUGCACGCCAAACGAUCUCGAGAAGGUGUUCAUUGACUCACUUGUAGUCACCACAGGCUCUGACAUUUUAAACAAGUCUCUGGUCCUGUCACCAACUGUCGUUGGUAUCGGUGUCGACACUGAAUUGAAAUUAUACAAAUCUGGAGUUUACACCGGAAAAUGUGCCAAGGAACAGAAUCACGCAGUGCUCCUUGUCGGCGAGGGAUUUGACCAGGAGACCAAUAAGCGAUACUGGGUCAUCAAGAACUCCUGGGGAGCCGACUGGGGAGAGGACGGAUACAUAAGGAUGGAGAGAACCGACGAAGGAGCCGACAAGUGCGGAAUCUUGACGUUCGGAUUAAACCCAGUGGUGUAUUAA